AUGUCAUUGCCAUCGAUAUGUUCCGGUUAUCGUUAUGCAAAUCAGAGACCAUUUUUGAUGUAUCAGAAACCGCUCCAAUUCAGCUGGUUUAGCACCGCACUCAAAAAUAUAAAAGAAACGAACGAUGAUACGAAAUAUGAAAAAGAAAUAGAAGAAAGCCGUACAAUAGCUACGGAGAAGGAAGCAGAUCUGACGGAAGAGUCGCAACGAGGGUCAUGCAGUAGUGAACUCCCAAAUACCAGGAUCACUAAGGACGAAGGACCAAUACGACAGUCACUGCUUGGCUUGGUUAUGGAUGAGGAUGUUCCAGAACUAAUGGAAGCCAUGGCUGAGAAGUUAGAAUUCGUAUUUGAAGAUCUAACGCCAUCUGUAUCCAAUGCUGGAGAAGGGAUACUGCGGAACUCAGCGAAGCGUUCACAUACACGUCGGAGGGACGCAAGACUAGAAUUUCAUUCCUCAUCGCCAACAGUCUUCACAUAUCCCGAUGAAGAAUCAGCCGUUGAGAAGGCACAGUGGGAUGAAGGGAAACAAAUCACUUUCACGGUUUAUCGAGAACUCUGCGAAGGAAAAAAAGAACAUUCGGUAGAUGAGAAUGAUAAACAUCAAAGUCUUUUGCGACCUUCGCAAAUGGCGAGUGAUACAGAAUUAUCAUUCGUAAGAACAGCAACAUUAAUGGAGGAACCAUCAAUGGCCGAAAGUUUACUAGGUGUCACGGGUCGUAUCUCAUACAACAGUGCUCCCAUCGAUUUAGCUCGAUUCAAUAAAAAUACAGUGUAG